AUGACACAUCCGCUUGCUUACGAGGAAUUUCAGAUGAGGGGCUCUUGGACUAUCCACAGGCAAGAUAAAUGGCUUUUUGCAUCGAUAUCUUGUGACCAAGGCCUCGAAGAAACAUUAAACAGGGAUACCAAGAUCCAAGGUGGAAUCCGACGUUUCACUCUCAUCCGAUCAGCCGUAUUGCGGUGGCUAUACGCACAACCUGAACGUGCAGAGAUUGCACGUAUUUGUGAAGAAAUGUGUGGCUUAGAAAGGUCUGAUCGAAAGCCUAAAGAGCUCGAUAAAACCCGUAUCAGACGUGGGCGUGAGUUGGUCCAUUCUGUUAAGAAUACAAUAUGCAGCAUGUUGAAUCCUUGGUCUUCCAGCGAAGACAAUUCCUAUCUUGUUAACAUUAGCUCUGGAGCAAUCGCAAUCGAUAAGGUGAAAGAUGAUCUUCUUCAAGCGUACCCUAUUGGAAAAACCAACAUGACCCAAUUUCUCAAGGACAGGAUCAAUCCAGAUGGGAAAAUUAACUUGUAUGAUACUUUACCGAAAGUCAAUUUGAAAACAUUCGCACACAACUAUGAUACAUCAACGAAGGUUUCUAGUUCAACGAUUUCAAAGAACUCAAGAUCCCUGUAUGCCCAUCUUCUGGUGGUAUAG